AUGCGAAAUUUCCAAUUAAUUUUCGGCCUCGCACUCUCGUUCGUAGCCCUGUCGGCGUCAGCUCACCCAGAUGCAUCUGUUCCAAAUGCGUUGAUGCCUCGACAAGCCACUGGAGCCCCUACUGCCGGCUCAGGAGAUGUGGUGCAAGGCGAUGUCGAUGCAACCCCCGUAGACACCACUGAGCAGAGCAGCGCUUCCGCAACAGAAGAAGCAAAUCCUGUGACAACAACCGAUAAAAAUGGCUCGACUAUCACUGUCGCCCCUUCGACCACAGCCAAGGCGUCAGGGAAAUCAUCCUCUACCAAAACAAAGAAGAUCUCAGCAGAUGCGCAAGCAGGUGGUGUGGCUAUGAAAACUCCGGGUGUGUAUGAUGGAUACCAGAUCUACAAGAUUGGUGACCCGGUUACAUUCGUCUGGAAUUAUACCAGUCUUCAGGUUGCCCCGACUGCAAUAAAUGUUCAGGCAUACUGUACCGACGGUGCACAGUACUUUCCUAUUAUGAUGAACGCGAGUGCGGAUACAACGGAAGCCAUUUGGGACACUGAAGCAUAUCAGAGUUCAGCUUUGUCGAAGCUCCCUGUCGCGACAUACACUCUCUUCAUUUAUGACAAUGCAUAUGCUCCUACUGCAGUCGCCUCUCCAGGACAUUUAGGGCCAUAUUCAGGACUUACCUUCGGGAUGUACACUCCUAAGCCUGCUGUUCCUCUUGCCAGCUUUGAAUGUGCCACCUGUGAUCCCAAUUCUGCAAGUACCAUGGACAUGAGGGCGCUUGGCUUUCUUGUCGGUAUGGGAUUGGUCACUGCUUUGAGUUUCACGUGGUUUGUGGCAGGUGUGUUGUAA